AUGGUGCCCAGUUGUCCCACUGAAGGCCACCCGGCCACCCGGCCACCCGGCCACCCGGCCACCGACGACACACCCGGCCACUGGCCACGGCCACCCGGCCAUCCGGCCAUCCGGCGUCCAGUCUUGCGUGGUGACGUGAGCCCCAUUCGAGAGGUGCCCGCGCACAUCCCCAGACCUCCCUACCUGGCUGCGGGGCAACCACGUGCACCAAUGGAUGGAUUGCCGGUGCAUGAGUUUUACAGUGGUCCUGAUCCCACGCAGGAAGAGCGCUUUCACAUCGAAGUGAAGGAGACUGAGCAGAUUCAGGGCAUGCGUGUGGCCUGCCAGCUGGCGCGACAGACAUUGGAAGUUGCUGGCCGUGCUGUGACUCCAGGCGUCACAACGGAUGAGAUCGAUCGGCGAGCACAUGAUUUCAUUGUGGCCAACGGUGCAUAUCCGAGCCCUUUGGAGUACUGCGGCUUUCCAAAGGCUGUGUGUACCAGUGUCAAUGAAGUCGUUGGCCAUGGAAUCCCGGACAGUCGUCCCUUGGAAGAUGGCGACUUUCUCAACAUUGACGUGACGGUCUAUUUAAAUGGCUAUCAUGGUGAUACCAGUUGCAUGUUCUUCGCCGGGCGCCCCAAGAAGCGCGCCAGCGCCUUGUGCAAAGCCACUCGGCAGGCGAUGCUGGCGGGGAUCAAGGUUUGCGGCCCUGAUGUGGACUUCAGGGAGGUUGGCAAGGCCAUCACCCGAUCAGCCACUGAGGCGGGCUACACUGUCCACCCCACCUUAGAAGGGCAUGGCAUUGGGAGCUACUUCCACGGCCGACCAUCGAUCCUGCCAUACGUGAAUGACGUUGAGCAAGGAUUGAUGAAGCCAGGCAUGACGUUCACAGUGGAGCCCGUGUUGGUGGAAAGCCCUGAUCGCAGCUGCGAAGUGGACUCCGAGGAUCUCUGGUGCUCCCGGCUGACUUCGACGCCGCGAGGGACGAUUGAAGAUUGGGGCCUCCAAUGGCUGAGCUGUUGA